GAAGGGGGCGAGCGCGCGCCGCAGGGGCGGGGCGGGAGCGGCGAGCCGGGCGUCUCGCGGCCCGGCGGCGCGGCUCCCGGGGGAGGAGUCUGGCGGUUGUCGGGCCCUGAGGAACGUGCGGCGGCGCCCGCAGAGGACGCUGCUUUCCGCGCAGGACGGACCGACCGAGGGAGGGCGCGAGGGGAAGCCGGAAGGAAGACGAGGCGGUGGCGCCAGGCUUCCUCGGGGGAGGCGGAGGCGAGACCCCGGCCCUGGCCUCGGCGGGAGGGCCACGCCCCCGCCGCCGCGCCCGAGGGGCCCAGUGCUUCCGGGGGCCGCCGGCCGCGCCGGAUCCCAAUCCUCGGGACCUGGGGACACGGGCCAUGUUCAUGAGUGGACUCAGUGAAAGCAAACAGACACACGUGCACCUGAGGAAUGUGGAUGCAGCCACCUUACAGAUAAUAAUAGCUUACGCAUACACGGGUAACUUGGCAAUAAAUGACAGCACUGUAGAACAGCUUUAUGAAACCGCUUGCUUCCUGCAGGUAGAAGAUGUAUUACAACGUUGUCGAGAAUACUUAAUUAAAAAAAUAAAUGCAGAGAACUGUGUGCGAUUGUUGAGUUUUGCCGAUCUGUUCAGUUGUGAGGAAUUAAAGCAAAGUGCUAAAAGAAUGGUAGAGCACAAGUUCACUGCUGUGUAUCACCAGGAAGCUUUCAUGCAGCUGUCACAUGACCUACUGAUAGACAUCCUCAGUAGUGACAAUUUAAAUGUUGAAAAGGAGGAGACGGUUCGAGAAGCUGCUAUGCUGUGGCUAGAGUACAACACGGAAUCACGAUCCCAGUAUUUGUCUUCAGUUCUUAGCCAAAUCCGAAUUGAUGCACUUUCCGAAGUAACACAGAGAGCUUGGUUUCAAGGCCUGCCGCCCAAUGACAAGUCUGUCGUGGUUCAAGGUCUGUAUAAGUCUAUGCCCAAGUUUUUCAAACCAAGACUUGGAAUGACUAAAGAGGAGAUGAUGAUUUUCAUUGAAGCAUCUUCAGAAAAUCCUUGUAGUCUUUACUCUUCUGUCUGUUACAGCCCCCAAGCAGAAAAAGUUUACAAGCUGUGCAGCCCACCAGCUGAUUUGCAUAAGGUUGGGACUGUUGUAACUCCCGAUAAUGACAUCUAUAUAGCAGGGGGUCAGGUUCCUCUGAAAAACACAAAAACAAAUCACAGUAAAACAAGCAAACUUCAGACUGCCUUCAGAACUGUGAACUGCUUUUACUGGUUUGAUGCCCAGCAAAAUACCUGGUUUCCAAAGACCCCGAUGCUUUUUGUCCGCAUAAAGCCAUCCUUGGUUUGCUGUGAAGGCUAUAUCUAUGCAAUUGGGGGCGACAGUGUAGGUGGAGAACUUAAUCGGAGGACCGUGGAAAGAUACGACACGGAGAAGGAUGAGUGGACAAUGGUAAGCCCUCUGCCUUGUGCUUGGCAGUGGAGCGCGGCAGUCGUGGUUCACGACUGCAUUUAUGUGAUGACACUGAACCUCAUGUACUGUUACUUUCCCAGGUCUGAUUCAUGGGUAGAAAUGGCCAUGAGACAGACCAGCAGGUCUUUUGCUUCGGCUGCGGCUUUCGGUGAUAAAAUCUUCUAUAUUGGAGGGUUGCACAUUGCUACCAAUUCUGGCAUAAGACUCCCCUCUGGCACUGUAGACGGGUCUUCGGUAACUGUGGAGAUUUACGAUGUGAAUAAAAAUGAGUGGAAAAUGGCAGCCAACAUCCCUGCCAAGAGGUACUCAGACCCCUGUGUUAGAGCUGUUGUGAUCUCAAAUUCUCUGUGUGUGUUUAUGCGAGAAACCCACUUAAACGAGAGAGCGAAAUAUGUCACCUACCAGUAUGAUCUGGAACUUGACCGGUGGUCUCUGCGGCAGCAUAUAUCCGAACGUGUACUGUGGGACUUAGGCAGAGAUUUUCGGUGCACUGUGGGGAAACUUUAUCCAUCCUGCCUUGAAGAGUCUCCAUGGAAGCCACCAACUUACCUUUUUUCACCGGAUGGGACCGAGGAGUUUGAACUGGAUGGAGAGAUGGUCGCCCUACCACCUGUAUAGUCGACGACUUGGGGGGUGCACACCUGGUUUAUGUGCUUGGUCAUUUUCUUUGCUAAACAAGAGAGGCUAUGAGAGGACUAAAUAUGAGUACAUAAAAAUCUAUCUUUGAUAAAUUUUAUUUUUAUGCCCUACUUAAUAUUUGCAUCAGUAUAAUAUAUAUCAGUGAGUCUUACAGAAAGAUAUGCUUCCAUAAUAUGAAAUAGAUUAUCCAAUAAUUGAGAAACUUUUACGUGUAUCAUGAGAGCAUAAGAAUCUGGAUUAUCUAAUAACAUUGUUAGCCCUGUGUUAUGUACAGUUCAAAAAGUUCACUUAUUAAAAGUAGUUUCCUGUUCCUAGUGUGGUAUAUCGCAAAUUGUGCCGAGAUUAUUUUAGUAUACGUAUUUCAUUCCCGUGCUUCUGUUCCGAAGUCCUGGAAUAUGGUUUUUUUCAGUGUAACUAAUUCAGCUGCACUUAACACUAGUGUCCAUGUUGGUAUAGAAAUGUUGUCAAAAAUCCUAUACUAUAGUUGAGGAAGAUCUUCCAUUUUAUGGUAUUGCACAGGGAAAGCUAUGACUGCAGGAUCAGUCUAACUAUACUAUUAGGUGCAUGUAUUCUCUCUUCACUAACUUAUACUUGUCUAUCUAGAAUACAGGUCUUCCAAUCAGCUGGUCAUUUACCAGGUGUGGACUUCAGUUGCUGGGCUUGCAAUAAGAAUUGCCGGUCCCUCGUUGUGCGGGUCUGUGUGGAGCUUUAAUCCGUAAAUGCCUCCACUUUCUGUAUUACAUUAACAUUGGCUCAUGCAUAUAACUACCUGCUGCUGUUGUAUUUCUCCAUCGUAAAGAUUUAGAGUGGGUUAACCAGGUCAUUACAUCUUAAUUUAAUAACAAGCAUUACUGUAGAGUGAUUGUGUAUAGAUCUCCAUUAGCUGUCAGGGUGUGUUUUUUUCAGUUUUGUUUUUCUCACCUGUUGUGUGCGUGGGGGGGUAGGAGUAGGAAGGUGAACUGUUCAGGAAUUCUCUGCACUAGCCGAGCACGCGAGCAGACCAUUAGGGCUGCUCUGGCAUCAAUCCCAGGAACCACUAGCAGUAGCGGGGCGCUGCCCAUCAACAGGAGCACAGGUGCUUCAUGACCAACAUUACUAGCAUGUUCAACUGCAUAAUGUUCUGGCACUGUAUUUUGAAUGACAUUAAUUUAUUAAAUAAAUUGUAUACA